CAAACCUGCUCACCUUGUCUGCUGUUGCAGCAAACCAGCACUGCAUACCUGCAUUUAGGAUACUGGAACACUCCCUCUCUCCACUUCUCUCUGCACCUCUCUCAGUCUGUCUCUCUAUAAACCUGUGUAUUUGUAGAUCAAGGUCUUAUUGUCAACAUGGCAGAUAUGUUACAAGUGUUUUAUACCAGCGUGAGCAGUUCCCUGGAGAUUAAGAAACACCAGGAGAAAAUAUUCCUAAUAUUGGAUGGCAAGAAAAUCCAAUACAAACCGGUGGACAUUGCUCAGAAUUCUGAAGACAAGGAUUUAAUGAGGAAGAUAGCAGGGAACCCGACUGCGCUGCCCCCUCAAAUAUGCAAGGGGGAUGUCUACUGUGGGGACUACACUGCAUUCGAAAAUGCCGUCGAGAUGGAACAAUUAGAGGCGUUUCUCAAACUCUAAAAGAAUGGAGACCAGCUGUGGGACAACUCAACCACGUUGCCACGUUCACUGCAAAAUCUAACAUCUAGUUAAGCAAACGAACAAAAAAUAAAUCUAUAAAAGUCUAUUCGAAUAUUUAAGUUUUCUUUCAUUAGAUUUGGUUGUGACAGAACAAUGUUUUCAUACAUUUUCUCCUUUCAGGGAAAAGCAUAUGAGAGUUGCACAUCUGAACAGUUUGUAUGAUGAAAAUAAAAUUUGUUAAAAUCU